UCGAGAACUCGCGCUCACGUGCAAGCGCUCAGUCAUCCCCUGCGAUCACAACAAGCAACAUCCAAAAAGAAGUUAAAAAAUAUUUAUCACUACUGAUUCACCAAAUUCAUCGGGCUUUUACCUUCGAUGUUAUACAGUACUCAUCAUCCACAUCUCAACCUUUUUAAAAAUGCCCAAUGAAAACACUGGAGUUUGUGACUGUGGAGUACCAGCGCUCCAUAAAAAGUCCGACAACAAUGGCCAGAGCUCGAAAACGAGAAAUUCUAACAGCGGAAGCUCCAGUUCCGUGACUGAACCACCUAAUACUAGAUCCGCAAAAAACCAUACGAAAUCGGAUAGAAGAAUCAAUUCUUCUCGAAGAACACGAAGUGCUCAACGACCUGAAUCGCACUACACAUAUAUUGACUCCAAUUCAAGCUACGUUAGCGGAUCUCGUUCGUCUGUGGAACAUGCCUAUGCAACAAUACCAGACUUGCUGAACACAAGUAGAAAUGCAACUACUAUUAAUGAUAAUCAUUCACAAAGCGCCCACGACUGUCCCCAGCCAGUUUAUUCAAUUCCUACAAUGACAUCACCACCUCCUACAUAUGACGUCGCAAUUAACAAAUCAUGGCAGACAGGACUGCCACCAUCUUAUGAGGAUUAUCUUUGUCAUAAAUAUGCCAUGCUUUCACGAUCUCACACACCACCACCACCCUGGUCAGAUUCAACGCCAUCUAAUAAUCAUCGACAAGAUUCAUUUGUUAAUCAAACGGAUCCUCAUGUUUAUGCAGACUAUACUUAUAAUAAUACAAUAAAUUCAAAAACUUCAAGAGCAUUGAAGACACAUGUAAAACAGCAAAAACUGCGAGCCAUGAGCCCACGGUCAUUAAGCGAAAGUCGUGCUCAACAAGAAAGGCUUCGGCUCUACCAAGAUGAAGCAUUCUGCAUGGAAACGACGGCUAUCCAGUCAGCCUUUGAACAUGACCUAGUUUGCAAUCUUAUGUAAACUUAGGUCAUUUAAAUAAGAUGGACAGGUUGAAUAGAAUUUGAAUGUUGAUUCAAUACCAAUAAAUUAAUUCAUAACUAUUAUUUCAAGCUUUUUGCAGAUUAUCUUAGAAUAUCGUCAACAACACUAUGAAAUAUGUUCUGGCUGGUCCAGACAGAAGCUACUACUCUGUUCCAAAUAUUUUUUUAUAUUAUUUCAUAGUUAGUUGGUUCCCUUAUAUUCCAUUGAAAGUAAAAACGUGAAUAACUAUAUCGAAAGUGUAAGCAAUUAAUCAAUAUACAAGAGAAAAAAUUAUUUUGAAACAUAAAAAGUAAGUCAGAUAUGAAAUUAUUUUAAUGGAGAUUUUUAAUGUAAAACAUUGAGUAUAUGUCUGAGGGUAAAAAUUAUUUUCGUCUUGUUCAUAAUAAAUUCUACACUAAAGACACUUUUUAUUCAAUAAAAGUCCAAGUAAAAUAUGCUUUUGAAAAGCAAAUAAAAACUAUUCAAUAAUUUCGAUGGAUUUGCAUAAAAUAUUUCUUAUUGACAGCUGAUCGAUUAUGAAUAAGAUGAUAAUUUUCAAAGUAAACUAAAGCUAUAUUGGAAGCUUCAGUAAGAUAAUUUCGAUGUUUAAAACGAUUUUUUCUCACUACCUAAAAAAAUGGCCUCUAAUGUUUCGUAGAUUUAGAGUAAAAAUUAAAUUUGAAACAGUACUUCUUAUUCAAAUAAGACUACUUCAUUAGUCUAGAAGAUGUGUUCCCAUUGUAUAGACAGUUUAUGAUGCAUACUUGACUCUAUGUCAUAUUUGAUAUUAAUAAUCAUAUACUGUGUUACCAUGUCGACGAGCUUAGUAAUAAAUGAACGACUGGCGUAGAGUCUGGUUCUAACAAAUGAAUCAAUGUAGGAAAAACUAUUGGUGUUGAACAAUGUAUUUUAUUUUAGUUGUUGUGAGUUAAUUAUAAAAUCAUGAAUCAACUUAAAUAAUAAUUGGCAAAAAUUUUGUAAUGACAACUAUUGGUGUCUUAGCUGCUAAACAUUUUUGUCUCGUAACUGUAAUUAUCUUGUCAAAGCGCACACUAAUUCCGUCAAUGGUAUGAUGGAUUUUAUUGAAUAAGCAUUAUUCCACCGACGUAAGAUUAAAUAAGAAAAAUAAUGUCAAGAGAAAGAAAAGAUAAUUUUAUAUCAAAAUUAUUCAACCUUAUAAAUCGAAUGGGAAAAUAUGUUCCAUUAUUUCCAUUAAACAAUUUCUUAUUUCUUUGGUAAUAAAUCAA